CGCUCAGUCUCUUUUCAUCUCUUAAGCAGUGUAGUGUGUGAUAGUGGUCGCGACUUUCGCCUUCUUUUGGAUUAUUUACGAUCGACUGAGGUUCCUCCGGCCGCGAAGUGAAGUGAUUCGGUGAUGUUAUGGUGGUGAUACUCAUCGUCGGGGGAGAACACCCCUCACCGCAUCCCUCGUCGACGACUGUAUCAAUUGUUUCUUCGGAUUCGCAGGUUUCCCCUGAUGACCAGUUGGCCACUACAAAGGAAGGUAUGCAGGAUGGUGAGGAAUGGGUGACUAAAAAGAAGGUUGAAGUCGUAACGAAGCGUCAGAUUGCGACCAGGGUGCAAAGAGAGGUGCUCCUCGAAGACGGAAAAGUUAUUCAAGAUUCCGGGCCCAAAGUGACAACAACCACAACAGAAGAUACACAGAAACAAGAGUCCGAAAACACUGAGCACCACGAUAUCGGUGACGGUGUUGGUUCGGAAUGGGUCACAACCAGCGACCCGGCCGUACUCACAGAGGUCAGGGAAAAGAAAGUGACCACCAGGGAAGAGACCAACGAGACAGUCGAGACGGAAGACGUGAAACAUCUCGGGGACAUCUCAGAUAAGGCGUACAAAAAGGCAGUCGAAGGAGGUGGUAACGUCGAGAACUGGCUGGUGAGGGAGCCAGGAACUGAAAUCGCCCGGACGGGCCCCAGGAUCGUAGGGCACAGUACAAGCAGGCGUAAAGUCACAGAUACAGAGGACACUCUCAAGAAAAAAGCUGUAGAUUCCAACGGGCAGGUCGUCCUUAAUACCAGCACCGUCAAAGAACAUGAGGAAGUGAUCGAGGAUCCGGAUGGUGAGGACGCUAAAAAAGGAAACGAUAAAAAGGAGCUGCAUUAUUCGAACACCAAGGAUCAAGAAUUUGUCGAUUACACCGUGAAUGGUCAACCGGCGGCCAGAGAGAUGAGGUACGAUGCUGAAACAACGGAGGUCACCCGGCACGGGGACGGUGAAUGGGACAGUCUUUCCGCCAGGCUCCGCAAGAACAGGAACAGGUUCUUGAAAGGUCUCGAAGACGAUAGGAAAGACGCGUUGACCAAACGUCCCCUGGACUUCCAUCAGGAGGAACGGACAAGAAAGCUCGAGACUUCGAAAUGGCUGGAGCACCAUUUCGGCAGCGAAUCCACGUCCAGGUCGAGCAAGGACUCGGAGGACGAAGGACCCCAGACGAGCUUCAUUAACGUCACCAUGAAAUCGGCCAAAGACCCCAAACCGAGCAAGGUCUUCCUAUCUUCUCCCGAACCGGAAAAACAGUAUUUCAAAGGAGUGAGCGAGUGGAAGAGCGAGGAAAGGAAGUUCACAAAAUCUCCCAAAAUCGACGGGGGUGUGCAAGUCUUGCCGACCGGGCCGAACCACACUUUCAACAGCUCUCCAAGUCCUCCGUACGCCCCUAGUCCUCUCAACGGGCACAUGUCACCCAGUCCUGCCCUGAACGGAACGAAGUCGCCAAGCCCGACUUACAACCGUUCAAAGUCUCCGAGUCCCCCUUUCAACGGAGUCAGCAAAAAAUUUCCGAGCACCCACAAUCUGGAAAGGAGCAGCCCGCUGCACGGUGAAAAAUACACGAAAACGACUAACUACUACAAGCACGAACGAACCACUUCCCCGAUCGGAAGGAUUUCGCCUCAGUACAACGGUCAUUCCAGAGGUGGUUCUCCAUCGACACAUUUAUUAACUAACGGGAAAAUUACUCCUACCCGUGAUUACACCCCUCCAUCAAUUUCGCCACCCCCAAGAAGGCGACAUCAUAAAAUUGAGAGGGAAGAAGAAGUUGAGGAACCCGCGCCUGACUACUCUCCCACGCCAGAGCCAAAAUCAAGGCACAACACACCACCUCCUGAAUCAAAAAAGAAGGUGUACCAGAGGACCAGGUUCGCCGCUGACAUCCCUCCGGCGAAGAACAACGUCGGGAAGGAGAAAAGGAGUGGAGGGGGCCUUGGAGAAUCAUUCCGCAAGUUAGUCGGCAAGCUCAGAGGGAACAAGAAGGCAGGAAGCCAAGUCGAUUCCGGUACCCAGACCAGAGGUGAUAUGACGACCGUCCACAGGUACUACUUGGGCGAAGAUCCUUUUUCGACAAGCCUCUACGGAAGGGAGAGCGAAUACCCGAACCCGAGCUACAGACGUAGCAAAAAGAAAGAAGAAGAAAAGAACCAAUCAAACAGCAGCACACUUGGGAGGCUGAGCAAGUCGACGAGCAAUGUAAGGCACGCGCAAAAUGGAGGGACGACCACUACAUUCUACAGUGACAGAGGAGGUGUGCAGACCUUGCCAAGAAAGCUUCAAGAACACAAGGCCAAGAAACAGGUCUAUGUCACUAGAAGCAAUGGAGACAGCACAUACUCUGAUCGCUAUAAGCUCGGAAACAACUCGAACAGCAUGUUCAACGUGUCAAUUGUGAACAACGUGAGUCCUUCGGGUCCCACAAAGCCUGCAAGAACAUACCGUUCCAACCUUCUCAGGAGCAAGAGCUUCAACGUACAUGCCGGAGACAGCUACAGAGACAGUAGCAGGUACACAUCCAACCCCCAUCUGAGCCGAUUGGAUGAAUCGACAGAGCUGAAGAGCCCAGGGCUGAUCACGAGCAUAAGCCGCAGCACAAGGGAUCUGACACACGAGGACUCAUUCAGAAAGCCUCUCGGCACUUAUGAUCAGAACCGUUACACCAAGCAUAACGGCUAUUCUCGCUCGUCAGUUGACACUAAGAAAAAACUCUUCAUGAAAGGUCUGAUGGACCGGGCUCCAGAACUAUACAAAACACUACAUGCAAAUGAAUUGGAUGAGAAUAAAGUCGAGCCUGUGAGAACAAGCACUCCUCUUAAGAAUGGAAAACUUGAAUAUAGCACAUCUUUCAGAUCUAGCAACACGAGCUCACCCUUGGAUGGCAUCCAGUCGCCGACUUAUUACCCUUACAGGAACGAUUCGCCUGAUGUUAACAGAAGUAUCGUGAGACGAGGAAGUAACGACUACACAGAAACAGUCAGUUAUGUCACUAAAAAUAAUGAUCCAAUGCGACCUUCAGUGACCAACACUGUUCAGAGCUUCACGAAGAAAGUCGUCCCAAUGUCUGGAGGGAGAAAGGAGAGAAUCGAAUCGACCGAAACGAAAACAAUUACAAAGAGCAAAUUUCGAAGUGGAACACCCGAAUUACAUUUUGACAAUGGUAACAAGUACUCAAAUUCAAACGGAGGUGUAAUAAUAGAAGUUAGAAAUACUAGAAAGUAAAAGAGGAAAAUGCAUUUUUAUUCAACAUUGUCCUUGAAAUAUAGGUAGAUCGAUUAGAAUAGAUUAUGGAAACUACACUCUGUGCCAUUGAAUAGCACUGUCAUAAGAAAACUAAAACCUUGAGACAAUUCAUUCUACUCUACCUACCAAUAUUGUACAAAUACAUGUAAAAACUCAAAAAUAACAAGAAUAAUGUACAAUCCUUUUCCCAAAGGAAUUUAUUAACUUUUGUUUAUUAGUAUAAUAUUUUUCUUUCUUUCAUUCUUUAUUAUUAUUAUUGAAACUAGUGUUUUGUGUGUUUUGGCCAAGAUAGAAUAUUUUACUAAAUGUAGUUUCGUCUUUAUUUAACUGCAGUUCGAUUCUGAAAGUGCAAGUAUGUAUCAAAGGAUUUACAUGUAACUAUGUUUUAUUUAAUUUAUCAGAAAUGUGAACCUAAGUCAUACAAUAUCAUAAGACUUUAACAAAUCACAUUAUAAAUUAGUUUAACUCAACUAUUUCUACCACCUACUAUUUUUUAUAUCAUGUAUUUA